AUGGUAUCCACACCUCGAGCGACCUCUGCAGACGCUGCUCAUACUCCUUCAACUCUCAGCUCUACAACAGGGAAAGCCGCAGCAAACUCCUCAGAAAUAGGCCUGGGAGAUGUCGAACUCAGCAACGUACAGAAUGGAUCUGCGAAUCCUCCAAAUAACCCUCUGGAGUACGAUAUCAUGCAAUGCGCCCGGCUUGGAGAGACCGGCUUGAUACAGAAGAUGCUCGAGACGGGAAGAUCUCAUGCGCAAUACAAAGAUGCGGAAGGCAUAACACCUCUCCAUUGGGCUGCCAUCAAUAACCAAUAUGCGACGUGCGAGUUCCUCAUCAAAGCCGGCGCAGACGUCAACGCCAAAGGUGGAGAGUCGGGCGCGACGCCUGCUAUGUGGGCAGCUCAGAGGUGUCAUUACUACGUUGUGAGCUUGUUGCUUCGGUCUGGGACCGAUCCUCUCCUCGUUGAUGGUCAGGGCUACAAUAUCCUCCAUCUUGCAACCAUCGAUGGCAAUGCCUUCCUCUUGGUCCUGCUUCUCCAUCAGGAGAUUCCUGUCGACACCACCGAUCCGCAAGGCCAUACUAGCCUGAUGUGGGCAGCAUACAAGGGGUUUCCCGCCUGUGUGGACCUGCUACUCCGGUGGGGUGCAAAUGUGAACGCAACAGAUGAAAAGGGACUGAAUCCGCUGCAUUGGGCACUGGUCAAAGGCAGUCAGCCAUGCAUACAGAAGGUGAUUGAGUACGGUGUCGAUCGUUUUGCCCAAACACUCGAAAGCAAAACCCCUGCCACGGUGGCCGAUGAGAUGAGAUCGACGAGGAUGUGGCAUCGAGCACUUUCAGAAUGUGGCUAUGAUGAGGACGGCAAUCCGAAGACAUUGCCCUUAGGCUUGACGUCCCUUGUGAAGGACCGACGCGUGAUGGCUAAGUUCUUCUUUCUCUGGCCAUUCCUGAGCUUGUGGGUUGCCAUCUCCAUACUCAGUGGAAUGCCGAUCUAUGCCGGCCUGCCCAUCACAGUCGUGGUGUCAUUCGUGCUCCAGAAGUUUGUUGUAUAUCUUGCUCAAUGGGGUCCAUCAGAAUACCGCCAUAUCCACCAUACGCCAUUUCUAGCUGGAGUUUUUGCAGGAACCCUUUUCUGGGUGGGCAUUCGGUGGGUCUUUUCGAUUGUGCCAAUAACAUUUACCUCACAUCCGGUUUUCAACAUCGUCUUCGCCACAUCCUAUGGUCUCACGACCUACUAUUUCUUCACCUCCCUCCUCGAGGAUCCAGGAUAUGUGCCCAAACUGCCUAGCCGAAACAGUCAGAAGAAAGCCAUUGAAGAGUUAUUCAGUCUGUGGAAAUUCGACGAAGACAACUUUUGUGUACACUGCAUGAUCCGCAAGCCGUUGAGGAGUAAACAUUGCAGGCGUUGUGGUAGAUGCGUUGCUAAAUAUGAUCACCAUUGUCCAUGGAUCAACAAUUGCGUGGGCACCAACAAUCUGCGCCAUUUCGUUCUUUAUCUUCUUUCCAUGGAGAUAGGCGUUAUCAUCUUCAUCCGGCUCGUCCUCUUCUACAUCGACCUCCUUCCCACCCCGGCCUCAAACAACAUCCAAUGCAACAUCCUCCCACCCAACCUCUGCAGUCUCCUCCUCCGCGACCCCUGGACAAUCACCCUCUCCCUCUGGACCUCAUUACAGCUCAUCUGGAUCACCAUGCUCCUGGUGGUGCAAUUCGUGCAAAUCUCCCGCAACCAAACCACAUAUGAGAACAUGAAACGUCACAUCCAGUAUCAGCCACAACCGCCAAUCGGAGGCGUCGUGACAGCGGGUCUCGUCUCCGGCUCCACGAGUCUCGGCCCUGAAGGUGCCGGCAUGCUUGGUAGCUCGAAUGCAUCUGCCAGCGCUGCUCAGAGGAAGAAGGAAGGCUUCUUGUCUCAAUGGACGAAGCUUUUGGGGCUGGAUGCUUUUGUGGCUACUGCCUCUGACACCUCGGCUACAGCCAACGGCAGGAGGAGACGGAGGGGGAAUCCAUACUCCAGGGGUGUGGUGACGAAUUGUAGCGAUUUCUGGUGCGACUCCACCGCGCCUUAUUUCGGGACGAGAAAGAGUGGAGCGGGGAUGGCGGUGGGAGAGGGGAUGCUGGGUGGCCAGGUGGUCGACUAUGCGAGGUUAUAUGAUGUUCCGAUCAGGACUACGGGGAGGGGAGGACGAUGGUGGAGGGGAGGAGGGCCAGGGAGUGGGAGAAGGGAUGGAGGGAUGAGGUAUGAGGCUGUUGGUGAUGGUGGUGGAGAAGAGGAUAGGGAGGGUGUUUGA